AGGAGAUUAUUACUCAUACACUUCUACUCUUGAGUGUUGAGUUUUGAAAUAGCGGGAACCAUAAAAUUCACGCAAAAUUCUUUCAAUUUCAUAAAAUGGAGCUUCAUUCCUUACAACAUUCAUUGUCUCCUUUAACUAAUCUACCUACCCCGCUAUUAUUUCGAAGUAAUUUCGUAAAAAAAUGUUAUCUUUAUGAUCGGUUCAUCAAGUUUUCCGGUCCUACGAAAUACCCAGGUGCUAGAAGUUUCCAGAAAUCAUACUUUAAAGCUCAAUUAUCAUCUGGUGCUAUAAGAUUCAGCUCUUCAACAGUUGAGGCAACUACGGAGAAUCUUGAUUCCAAAGAGGAAGAUGUUGUAUUUGUUGCUGGUGCAACUGGUAAAGUUGGCUCACGAACUGUCAGAGAGCUCUUGAAACUAGGAUACCGAGUAAAAGCUGGAGUCAGGAGUGCACAGCGAGCAGAAAGUCUGGUCCAAAGUGUUAAACAGUUGAAGGUGGACACAGAUACCACAAGUGGACGUGAACCAAUAGAGAUGCUUGAAAUUGUGGAAUGUGAUCUAGAAAAGCCUGAACAGAUUGUUCCAGCACUGGGUAGAGCUUCAGUGGUCAUAUGCUGCAUAGGUGCCAGUGAGAAGGAAAUUUUCGAUGUGACUGGACCCUAUCGUAUUGAUUUUCUAGCUACCAAAAACCUCAUUGAUGCAGCAACUGCUACAAAAGUAAACCAUUUUAUUCUGGUUACUUCCCUGGGGACGAACAAAUUUGGAUUUCCUGCAGCUGUAUUAAAUUUGUUUUGGGGAGUGUUGUGCUGGAAGAGGAAGGCAGAAGAAGCGCUCAUAGCUAGUGGUCUUCCCUACACAAUAGUGAGACCGGGAGGUAUGGAAAGGCCUACUGAUAGUUUUAAGGAAACUCAUAACCUGACCCUUGCACAGGAGGACACUUUAUUUGGAGGCUUAGUCUCAAAUCUGCAGGUGGCAGAACUCUUGGCAAUUAUGGCACAAAACCAAAGUCUUUCUUACUGCAAAAUAGUGGAAGUAGUUGCUGAAACAACUGCACCGUUAACUCCUAUGACAGAUCUCCUUACGAAGAUCCCAUCUAAAUGGGAAGACUUGCAGAAAACAGAGAUAUCAGAAUCUCCUCGGACAUCUGGAGCCUCACCCAAAACGAGCGUGAUAGCUGAGGCAGCAAACACUCUUAAAGAGGAACUCUCAAAAGAAAAAUUAGAGGAACCGGAUGCUAUAACUAAGACAGUUGAAGCAGAAACUGCCAAAAGUUUCAUCAGUGAGAUACCAACUGAUGUAACUGAGAAAGAAUCAGUUCAAGACAGAAGCGUUCUGGCCAGGCCUUUGUCUCCCUACACAAUGUAUGAUGACUUAAAGCCACCUUCAUCGCCAUGCCCAACUGCACCUAGUGGUCAAGUUAAGCAAAUUGGGCUUGAUACUACAGAGACUGGUGCGCCAUAUACCUCAACUAGUGUUUCAGUAACAGAGGUUGAUAUUGCCGAGACAGCUACAGUGGAAUCGCAGAAAUUGCAGCCUCUUUCUCCUUAUACUGCCUAUGAGGAUCUGAAGCCUCCCAGCUCUCCAAGCCCAUCAACUCCUGGUAACUCUCGUGAAGAAUCUUUGGAGACUUCAACACCUGUGGAUGGUGUACCACAGUUCAUUGAUGGAAAUGGAUCCUUGGCAGAAGAUGUUCAAGAGGAAUUGAUUUUUUACCACUCACCAUUCCCUGUAUAUGAAGACUUGAAGCCCCCUACUUCGCCAACCCCAACAACUCCUAAUUCAUUGGCCACUUCCAUGGCCUCGGAUGGUGCUGAAUCUCAGACAGCUAGCUUCUCAAAUAAUGGUCCAGUUGAAUCUAUUGAAGCACAAGAUGCAGGGAAUGAGCAGACUUCCGCACAGCCAAAGCCAAGACCACUUUCACCGUAUACAAUGUAUGACGAUAUGAAGCCACCAAGUAGUCCAAUGCCUUCACCAGGGAAUAACUAACUAUCUAGAGCGGGUGCUGCCAACCAAGGGACCUCUAACACGCUGUUGAACCAUCUCCAUUUUGAUGAACUGAUGAAAACUUCCUGUUAGUUCUCUGUUACAUCUGAAAAGCCGAAGAUUUUUUUUUUUCAAGUAAAAGUUAUAAAUUCUAUCAGAUUGUGAGAUACUAAAAUGUGUUUGUUUUAAUUACAUAUUAAAGCCCAAGCGAUCUGUUGUGUAUAGUCCAUGAGAUUUCAGACUUAAGGGGAGCUUUUUUAUCUCAAAUUUUGUAUUGCUUUCAAACGUAAAUGAUGAACGAUCUCCUUAAUUAUGCUAUUGUCUGGUUUCAAAUACAGUAUAUGUAUUAAUCAAAGUGCUCAAUUUCAGUGGUUGGUGAACUUUGUGGUGGUUGAUUUCCAGCAUUUUGGUCGUGGUCAAAGAUGUAAUA